AUGAUUUUACAAGUCAGAGUUAAAUUUCCAUCAGAUUAUCCAGUUAUUUAUAAAACAAUUAGGUUGGAUAAUUCAUUAACAGUGCAAGAGGCAAUUUUAGCAAUUGGUCAAGCAAUUAAUGUAACACCAGCUUCAGAUUUGGGAUUAUAUUUACCAGACGAUCCAAAGCAUUUAACAGAUACAGAAUUACUUUCCUCAUUUGAAAGUUUUAGUGAUGCUCAAUAUAUAGAAUUAAAAUCAAAGAAAUCUAGUAAAAAUAAAGAUAGUUGCUGUACUAUCAUGUAA